GGACAAACCGCACUUCAUGGUGCAUUUCUAUGGCGACAAGUUAAUACAGUAGUUGAACUCAAACAAAAUUGGAGAGCCAGAGAAGACGCACCAUAUAUUGACUUGUUAAAUCGAAUUUGUGUUGGACAAGCCCGAAAGGUUGCUCUAAAUCUCAAUUGGCCUAGCAAUUAUGAUACAUUGAAAGGCCGUCUGCUCAGCACAAUAAAACAACAUUCCACUGAAGAAUUUGAGGGUUUUAAAGAUGCACCAAUCAUUGUCACCAAGAAAGUUCUGAGAGAUGCAAUCAAUGACUCAAAAGCACGCACGUUUGCACACAACACAAAUCAGCAAUUUGAGAUAUACUAUGCGCGAGAUAAGAUAUAUGGCACGCAUGUUGGCAUUGAGCAGCAGAAACAAUUGUGGAAAAUGUUGAGUACACAUACCAAUGACGCAAUCGGCGAAUUACCUUUGAUUCUGGGGAUGCUGUUCAUGUUGACAGAAAAUACUGCAACAAGCUGUAGAGUUGUGAAUGGAAGUAGAGGGACACUGAAAUCAAUCAUGUACAAAGUUGAUCCUGAUGGAUAUCGAUAUGCUGCUUGUGCUUUAGUCCACAUUCCUGAGAGCAAUGUACACCUACCUGAUCUAGAAGAGAGCAUUGUGCCGAUCUUGCCCGUUGCCUCCAGUUUUAAAUUUCCACUGAAGGAGAAGAAAAUCACAAUAAGGCAAACACAGUUACCCAAUUUGCCAGGAUGGUCAUUUACAGACUAUAAAGUGCAAGGAAGUUCGUUGCCACAAGUAAUCGUCGACUUAGCAUGUGCCAAAUCACUGCAGAGCAUCUAUGUGAUGUUGUCAUGUGCUGUAGAGACUCGCGUUUCUGCAGGCACAUAUGGGCACAUUUUGCACCUUUUCACAACUCAUGACAAUUGGCCUUCAAUGCACGACUCGCACCAUCAGCUAUAUUCGACUUCUAUCAUGUCCCUAGUCGUUUUACACGUAACACGCAGCUUUCCCGCGAAACGCGCCAUAGGCGUGACACAUUCCCACACAAUGCGCAGUAUUCCCGCAUGCGCACCUUGCAUGCUUUCUUGCGCUUGA